AACUAAAAAUAUUAAAGAAAACCUGGUUUGGGAAAUUGCGAUAAUUGGAAGUGGACGAGAAGAGCAUUGCAUUUGCAUUGGGUUCCAACAACAACAAGUACUAGGUAGGAGUUUGGCGGUGACAGACAACACAACCAUGGCCGACCACUCCGACGAACUCGACCAACUCCUCGACAGUGCUUUGGAUGAUUUCCAAACCCUCAACCUAAAUUCCUCCCUUCCAAGAAGCGUGGAACCAAAUGGUAACAAAGAGGAGAGUCCUUCUCUACCAUCAGGGGUUCAAGGAUUGGGGAUGGGGCUACCCGAUUUGAGAACAAAGAAAAAGGGGAAACAGAAGGUUUCCAAAGAUACUACUCAUGCCUCCGAGGCUCUCAACAAACUCAGGGAGCAGACUAAAGAGGCCGUUAAAGGCCUCGAAUUCAUCCCCCCACCCGGUGUCGGUGUCGGUGAUGAUUUCGGUAAAGAUGCCAUGAUGGAGGAUUGGGUCAAACAGUUUGAAGACCUUGCUGGCUCUCAGGACAUGGAAUCUAUUAUGGAGACCAUGAUGCAACAACUUCUGUCCAAGGAGAUACUUCACGAACCAAUGAAGGAAAUAGGAGAAAGAUAUCCUAAGUGGUUGGAAGAGCACAAAGCUAGCUUAAGCAAAGAAGAUUAUGACCGGUAUUCACACCAAUACGAACUCAUACGGAAUCUGAAUGAAGUUUAUGAAAAAGAUCCUAGUAACUUCAACAAGAUUGUUGAGCUCAUGCAGAAAAUGCAAGAAUGUGGACAACCUCCAAAUGAUAUUGUCCAGGAGCUUGCUCCCGAUUUCGAUUUAGCCAGCCUUGGCCAGUUAUCUUCAGAAAGGCUUGAGUCUCAGCCAAAUUGUUGUAUAAUGUGAAGCUGUUUCCUCUCCUCUUAUGAUGGCUCAGCUACUGGUUUGCAGAUUCUCAGGAACAUUUAUUCUUCACAUCAUAAUAAUAUAGUUUUAUGCGUUACUAUUGUUCUUUUCUUGCUUACUGUAAGGUUACAGGAUCUCACACUUUUUAUAGCCUCCCUUCAAGGUUGUAUAUGAUCCGAGGGUUCAUUCAUUCACAUUUUAUGAGAGCAGUGAAUAUACAGCGCACUGCUAGUAGCAAACGAAUUUACUUUCUGAUAA